GAUAGCGUGUGUGGCAUUCUUUUUGACAAUUGAACUUAUUUUCUUAAGGACGCAUCUCUAAUAACACGGUGAUUCAGCGGCGAAGUCGCUUCUUUGUCUACUGGGAUUAUUACUUGUGUAUUGUGUUGUUUGCGUGCUGAAAAAAACAUAUACAAUUUCGCAAGAACCGCCAAGAUCUUUGUUUUCUUGUUUUGGGGAAAACAGCAUCAUGCCAUCAAUGCUGUGAAGGAUCUUCGGAAUUUAUGCUUUUAAAGGAGGUUCAAUCCUUUCUACAAUGAGCAUUUGUUCGCCGCCAUAAUAUUCAUGAAAAUUUCAAAAUAAAGUUGGAUUCAACCAUCGCAAAGGUCCUAAAAAUGACCAAGUCAAAAUGGAAGAUCCUUCAUCCAUUUCUUCUUCUCAUCCUCAUCAGUACUUAUCAUCCAACCUUGGCUCAAGACUUAAUACCAGAAACUUGCCAAACCGGUGAUCCUCACCUAGCAAUCAUAGAACCUGAUGCGGACAUCAUGGUUGGUGCAAUUUUGGAACUACACAAUCCAGGCCGUGGCAUCUUCGGAUGUGGCCAGCCGUCCGUAGAAGGUGUAUAUUACUACGAGGCCCUGAGGUGGGCUCUGAAUGUCCUGAACAAGAAAACUGGGGUUCUAGAGGGAUUUCCAGUGCGAGAUUCUUUUGUACCUGGAGUUAAAUUCGGAUUGAAGGUUUAUGAUUCCUGUGGUCACAAAGAUCUAGCCAUGAAACACAUGACGGAGCUAUUUCCCAUCAUGAAGUUUGGCUCGGAAUCUUGUGAUGAUAUGCAAGAGAAUGCAACCGUAAUUGGCAUGGUCGACAUGAGUUCAAGCCUCAGCGACGAUCGAGUAGCCCAAACCGCCCGUCGAUUCAUCAUUCCAAUAAUUCCUUUGCACCAGGAGACCGCUGUGCCUCCCGAGCAGCUGGCAAAGAUCUUGACAAAAGUGAUUCAUGAUAUGGACUGGGAAAAAGUUGCCAUUCUUCACGCCGAUGACGAACAUAGUCUCUUCCUCACGAGGAUGUUCAGCCAAGUCGCCAUAUCUAGAUAUCCAUGCAUUGUAUCCAUCCGGUCUAUGUCUUUGUCUGGUGCAGAGGACGAUAACAGAGCGUAUAAGAAAAUCAUAACCUCUUUUGCAUCCAGAUUAUCUGAUAAAACUGGAGUAAUUGUUAUAGGUCCCAGCAAGCUUUCUGAAAUAGUCAUUCAGGCUUAUGGAGAAUCUCCCAAUAGCCUCUCUCGUCUUCAGUGGCUUUUUGCUCAGAUGCCACCCUUCGCCAAGCUUCUCACCCUGGGGAACAUGAUCAAUGGAAAGCAAAUAUAUUCACUUGCGCCAUUUCCUAAAGACAUUGCCCCGUUUGAAGAUUACUGGCAGAAAUUGGGUGACUUGGCAUCUACUAAUGACGCGAACGAUCGCUUCUUCAUUGAAUAUGCUAUGUUCCAGAAAAAUUGUAAAGUUCCUGGAUACAGAAGUCUGAACUCCUACAAUUUGGUCACUUGUGACAAUCUGUUGCUGAAAAAUAAUCCUACAGAUGUUUUAAUGAGAACUUCCAGAUUUUUGCAGUCCCUGCACUCUCUGUUUACUUUUGCGCAUGCGUAUCGCAAAGCUUGGGCACAGAAAUGCCUCGGAGUUCCAGGCCUGUGUUCAGAUCUGAAACAGAUGACUCGUCGUGAGUUUGGAGAAAAGUUUCUAGCCCCUCUAGAAUUUCAGCACGAGCCCCGACAGCGAAGUCCGGAAGGCGUGCGGGGCGAGAAAUCAAGCUACGGAUCCAGCGGGGAGUUGGAGAACGGGAAAAUGGCUUUGAACGUUUACUCAUUCUCCCAAAGUGUUGGAUUACAGUUUAAUCAGGUUUUAGCCUAUGACACUGAAGAGACUAAAAUUUUGGAUUCAGCAUUUCAAUACACACCUUCGAUUUGCCCUAAGGGAGGAUGUAAAGACUGUCUGAGCGUUCGACAACAUCGUUUAGAAGACCCCUACAUAGCCAUGGCUUCAUCAGAGUCUAUGACGGUUGUUUCUCCUACAGAUGAAAUAUCAAUACCUGUCCUCCUACCAAUUCAUAAAGCAGGAAUAAAUCCUUUAGAAUGCAGUGAUGAAAUAAAUCCUCAAGCAGUACAGGAUUUAGAAGCAGCUUUAUGGGCCGUAGAUCAAAUUAACAGAGACACAGAGUUUUUGCCUGAAAUUCGCUUGCGUGUUGUUGCUAUUGAUACAUGCUCUUCUUCUGUGCAAGUCACUCAUAAACUUUCCAAUUAUUUACUGGAUACUCAAAGUAAAGAAAUGGACGGUAUUAGCUCAGAUGUUGCCUUUGUCAUUGUCGGCAACCCUGAAGAUGUGACAGCUGCUUCUACAAUUAUUACGCCAUUAAAUGUGACAACAAUUUCUGUUAACGACGCAGUUCGGCCGAAAAACAUGAACCAUCACCAUUUGCAAAUAGCGCUGCCACUUGAAAAGAAAACCAAAGCCACUGUCGAUACUCUUAUGUACCUUGGGUGGAAGUAUGUCACAGUUAUUCACGAUCGUGAUGACCGCAGCAAAUUGAUGCUCGAAUCAUUUAAAACGUUUGCAAAAGAGAACGACAUAUGUCUGUCUGCCGAACUCUCACCAGUAACAAUGGCCGAUUCGGAAAUGGACAGAAUCAUCAGGAACGUACUUGCUGCCAAGAAGAAAGGGGCUAGAGCUGUUGUUUUGUGGACCAGCGAAGAAACAACAGAAUCAUUCCUUAAGGCUGUUCACAGAGCUGUGGUUGCUGAUCUAGUCAGGAGAGGGGAUUUGGUCAUCGUGUCCAGUGGAGACUGGAUCGUUAACUUGCAAUCUUUUAAGGAGUUCGAAAAUGAGGCUACCGGUGUGAUUGUGUUGAAAACACAACAAGGAGAAAUUGAAGAUUUUUCAACGUACUACCAACGGCUGUCCCCGGAUAGUAACAAACGAAACCCUUGGUUUAAAGAGCUUUGGGAACAAAUGAAAGAGUGCAAUGAUCGAAAGUGCGAAGGAGAUGGUUUGUCUCCUGUUACUUAUACAGCUUCUUCAAGUACGAUUAACAUCAUACAGGGCCUCUUGGCUAUUUCGGCUGGUUUGGCUCGCUUGAGGAAUGAGUUAUGUCAUCCAGAACCAGGAUUGUGUCCAAAAAUGUUACAGACUCCGCAACUACGCCAACACUUAUUCAAUUAUAUAAAAGAAACAGCUUCUUCGAGACUUGAUGCAAAAGGAGAAAUGUUUGCUUUUACUAAACAAGGUUAUGGUAACUUACCAAUUGAAAUCUUCAAUUUCCGAAGAGCAGCUGGAAAGAACUUUGUUUACCAAAAGGUUGGCACCUAUGAAACACACUUAAACAACCUUGCUGAAAUCGUAAUGUACAAUUCUGACGGAGAAGAAAUAAGUGUAGAUAAGAUGACUUCAGAAUGCAUUGAAGAUUGUGGAGCCUGCGACAAAAGAUCCACUGAUUUGGUGAUUCUGGAUUCCAAAGACCACCUUUAUUUGGCCACUUCCGUAGACAUUCAUAAAUCCAACGCCAACCCUCUCACUUGUGAUUCCUUGGUUACUUCAUCAGGAAUUCAGAACCUAGAAGCAUUCCUCUGGGCAUUAGAUCAAAUUAACAGCAGUCCUCAGAUCUUGCCAGGUGUCAAUCUGGGCGCCAUUAUUUUUGAUACUUGCAACAGCAGAGAGAAGGCAGCCAGAGACGUUGCAAAUUUCUUCAGUAGUUCUCUAACUUCUGUGUCUCCUACUCAUAAAAUAUUAGGAGUCAAUCAGGUACUGGGUCUUGUUGCUACCCAAGAUGACAAUGUCAUUCAACCAAUCGUUGAUGUCGCCAUGCCGUUCAAUGUCAUGACUUUGGCUCCUAAAGUCACGUCAACAGUUUUCAACGACAAGGAAAAAUAUCCAAACCUUUUAAGACUAUCUUUGCCCAAUGACGUCAGAGCUGGGGCAUUGGUGGAUCUUCUGAAGCAUUUCAAGUGGAAUUACAUUUCUGUCCUGUAUUCUGAGAAUGCAUGGAAAGGACAAGAUUUAUUUGAAUCAUUCAAAACAAAAGCAGAAGCUAGAGAAAUUGAAAUAGCUCUAGCUGAAAAAAUUCCUUCUUCAUUUUCAAAUGCAGCAAUGGAAGUUCUCUUCAGUAAACUUCAAGCAAAGAAAGACGAAGGUUCCAGAGCUGUAGUCUUGUUCUUGGAUUCCAAGGACUCAACUAGCUUAUUCGCUACUGUGAAGACCGAGAUAGAUUCUGGAAGGUUGAAUAUUGGGGAUUUUGUGUGGAUUACAUUUGAAAAUGUUGACGGUUUUCACCAGUAUCCUUUAGUGUCCUUGGGAGCGCUGAUGAUGCAACCUAGCUACGCUCCUAUCUUCCCAUUUAAACAGUACUUGACGACCUUGAGUCCACGAAAUAACUCAAGAAAUCCAUGGUUUCGAGAUUAUUACGAACAGAUUCACAAAUGCACUGGAGCAACAUGCAGUGAUAAACACCAGAAUGUAGCUGAUAUAUCAUUCAUCCAAGAUGCUGGCGUGUCCAAAGUUAUCAACUCGGUGCUGAGCAUUGGGGUUGGUCUCGAAGCUUUGCGGCAACAGUUGUGCCCAGGACUUGACAGAGGCUUGUGUCCGGCAAUGCAAGACAAUCCCGCUUUGAAAAGUCUGCUGCUCAAUUUGACUCGGGAUUCUUCUUUUAAGGGAGCGGACGGCAACCUAUUUAGAUUCACUCCUCAAGGUUACCACGCUAGUAUCCUCGAUGUUUUAAAUUUCCGACAAGUCGGAAAUAAUGCUCACGCCUUUGUGAACGUUGGCCAGUAUUCCCCAGACGAAGGACUAUCUCUGAAUUUCAGUAAAAUAAAAACAUUCAACGAAUUUGGAAAAGAAAUAAGUCUCUACGACCUUAAGUCUGUUUGCAACCGCUGCCGAAGAACUGCAUCCGGCAUUUUCUCAUCUACAAUGCAAAUUGUGCCAAAACAAGAUUUUGCAAUUGGAGUUCUGAUGCCGAUUCAUCGAAAGUCUAGCAAUUUCUUCAGCUGUGGUGGUCUGAAAGACAUAAUGAUGUUCCAUCACUUAGCCAGUAUUGCGUACGCUAUUGAAAAAAUCAAUAAAAAUGCUUCUGUAAUGCCAGGUGUGGACAUAGGGACAAUAGUGUUCGAUUACUGUGAGAGACCACAGAGAGGAGAGGAACAACUAUUCAGUUAUUUCUCCAAAGAAAAUGCUGCGGCUUCUAAUCUUCGAGUGAAGCCAAAUUCUGUUGUGGCAGCCAUUACUUAUGGCAAAGAUGUUUCUAAAGAAGCCUCACCUAUAUUCAAUUCACUUCGAAUCAUGCACAUUGCCACACCAAUUGAUAGAUUUGAAUCAGAUGAGUACAAUGACAUCAUUUACACAGCUCCAUCAACAAUGUCACAAAUACAAGCCUUGCUAGGCAUUUUGAAGAAAUUUAACUGGUUCUAUGUCAACAUUGUUUAUAGCAAUACAGAUUUUGGCAGAGCUGGCUAUUACGAGUUCUCUAAAGGAGCCAAAGAUAUGGGCAUCUGUCUAGCUAAUGUGGUCAUAGUUGAGCCUGAGAGUACCAGAGAAUCCUUGCUGACAAAUCUUCAGAAUGGCUUGAACAGAGAUUCUACUGUUGUGGUUUCGUUGGUAGAUAAUGAUAGAGUAAUUCAAAAUAUGAUUGAAGCCAUAAAACACAGUUAUGUUCUAGCGAGAUAUGUAUGGGUAGGAACUGAGACUUGGGGAAACAAUCCUGUAGUACGAAAUACUAUGCUAGAAGCACCUUUCGAUGCCAUUACUUUGAAACUAGAGAAUCACGACAUGCCAGGAUUCCACAGGUUUUAUGAGCGAUUAACUCUUUAUAAUCAUUAUCCCAUUCCUGAUUUAUGGUUUGAAGAAUUUUGGCAGCUUCGUUUCCAGUGUCAGCUACCAAACAGCAAAGUACAUCAGAAACAAUAUCCAUCCACAUGUACAGGUAAAGAACAACUUUCAUCUGAUGAACUUUCACAGAGCGAGCAUGUAUAUCAGACAGUGAAAACUAUAGAAUCGAUCGCUGAAGGUCUUCACAACUACUUGAAUCAAAAAUGCCCUUAUGGGAUGGCUGCAAUGAACAUUGAUGAUUGCGGAAAUGGCUCCAGGGAUGAACUUCAAAAAGAAAUACAAACCAUUCUUCAUGGAGCUUAUUCAGAAUGUGAAGAAUGUGGAUCUGCCAGCACUAUCUUUGGCUAUGAAAUUAUUCAAUAUUCAGUGGGAAGAAAUGGCUCUUAUCUGCAGACUCCGAUCGGUAGCUGGAAAGAUGGGUUGUUAUUCUUGGAUGACGCAAAAAUCACUUUUUCAACGGACAGUGUUCCAGUUUCAGAAUGCAAAGAGGAAUGUGAUACUUGCAUGAACCAACUUGGAAAUGUUCAGAAUUUCAUGUCACCAGAGGUACCCAUCUAUGCAAAUUUCCAAACUGUCUGGGGCAUUAUUGUCACAGCCUUGUCAAUAUUGGGAAUGGUUUUAGUCCUUAUUUGCGCCCUCUACUUUUUGAUGUCAUUUCCAAUCACAGUUGGAACAACAGUGUUAGGUUACAUGAUUUUGUUUGGUUUGCUGCUUUUGUAUGCAGUAAAUUAUGCUUUUGUAUUGUCACCAACCGAAGGAACAUGUGGUGUCAGAAGAUUUGGCUUAGGUUUAGCUUACGCAAUAAUAUUCUCUGGAAUGCUUGUAAAGGUUAUGAACACGUGGAGGCUCAUGGGUUAUAAUGGCAGUCGUAUUCUCAGUGAUGGCACACGUCUAUCUAGUCCAGCAGGACUUUUAGUCAUAGCAGUUGGCUUGGUGAUAAUUCAGAUUGUCUUAUCUGCUGCUUGGUUGAUUUUAAUACCACCCAAAACUGGCACCUAUGAACAUGUUUGGAGAUGUGCCCCACCCACCACUUUUGAGGAAGGAUUGGUCGUUUCCUUAAUCUACGUAAUGCUUCUUCUGGCCAUAACAACUUUAUUUGCUCUCCUGACAUGGCAGUGCCAAGACAACAAUCGUGAAUCAAGAUGGAUCCUUGCUUGUGCAAUCCUGGUAGCGGUAGUAUGGCUGGCUUGGACAAUCUUGUCCACACAGCUCCCUCCAGACUACAGAGACACAACCAUUGCUGCGGCGAAUUUAGUGAAUGCUACAAUUAUCAUGAUAUUCCUGUACUUACGUAAAGUGUAUCUGUACAGCAAACUAACCAGGCAAGCAAGAGAUCAAGAUUUAAAAGCACAUCUGCAACCAGCUAGCUACAAUCACUCCAUCUAUGGAUCAUCUCAAAAGACUUUCUCUACUCUGGCUCCAGUUCUUUAUGGUUCACAAGCAUCACUGAAUGCCAAGAAGCUGUAUGGUGGACCAUCUUCAAGGGUGGAACUCAUCAAUUGCCCGGAGGACAACAAAAGUGACAGUUCAGGUUCAGUCCAGGUGCAAGCGACGGAUUUGUACCCCCUGGACAUGUAUGAUGGAGGAAGUCAGUUUCAGCCAGUCACUUCUCUUUAUGGCAGCAAUCAUACGCUUGUUUUAGAUGAUACUUUAACAUAUGGAAGGUAA